AUGACACUUGUUUUAAGAUAUGUUAACAAAGAAGGAGAAGUGAUAGAACGAUUUGUUGGUAUUAUUCAUGUUAGUGAUACAUCUGCCUGUUCAUUAAAGGAAGCAAUAUACUCUUUUCUUUCAGAUCACUCAUUAAGUCCAUCGCAAAUACGUGGGCAAGGUUAUGAUGGAGCUAGCAAUAUGCAAGGACAUCUAAAUGGUCUUAAAACUUUGAUUUCAAAUGAGACUCCAUCGGCAUAUUGCAUUCAUUGUUUUGCCCACCAAUUGCAGUUAACACUAGUGGCUCUUGCAAAGAAGGAUUCAAAUGUAGAUGACUUUUUUUGCUUAGUUACUAAUGUGUUAAAUAUUGUUGGAGCAUCUUUUAAGCUCAGGGAUUUACUUCGAAAACACCAAGCUGAACAGUUAGAGGAGUUGCUCAUAUCAGGGGAAGUGCAUAUUGGAACAUUAGAUAAUCUUAUUGUUCUAUUUCCAUCAGUUAUUCAUGUGCUUGAAUUUACUGGAUGUGAGUGUCCAAACUAUACUGAUAGACUUCUUGCUAAAACUCUUAUGGAUACGAUUAAGAAGUUUGAUUUUGCCUUUAUGCUGCACUUGACGUGGAAAGUUCUUAUGAUGACAAAUGAAUUGAACUUCUCAUUACAAAGGAUGGAUCAAGAUAUUGUCAAUGCUAUGAGAUUUCUUGCUCUUACAAAGCAAAGAUUACAAAAUAUGAGGGAUAAUGAAUUCGAAUCAUUAAUGGAUGAUGUCUCUUCUUUUUGUGAUAAACAUGAUAUAGUCAUUCCAGAGAUGGAUGCUAGCUACUUUCCUGGGAAGUCAAAGCGUAAAACUCUUGAUGUUACAUAUUCUCAUCAUUUGCGUGUUGAAAUAUUUUAUGUUGUUAUUGAUUUGCAUCUUCAAGAGCUUAAUAAUCGUUUUGAUGCUGUGAGUACUGACUUACUUCUCGGUAUGACUAGUUUGAAUCCAGUUAAUUCAUUUGGUAGUUUUGAUAAGGGCAAGAUAAUGAGGUUGGCUGAAUAUUAUAUGAAUGAGUUGGCAGCAACAAGCUUUGGGAUCUUAGUUUUCAGCUUGAUAGCUUUAUAG